AUGACUCCGCUGCUCUUAACUUACCUUACCCCACUGCUUUCCACCCUCGUCGCUAUCUUCCACCCCUUCAUGGACUUCGUUCAGGAUCAUCCAAUCUUCAACGAUUGGUUGAAAUACCUCUCUGUAGGGGCUUUCCUCGAAAUGUGUAGGGGGUGGAUUCCAGUGUUGGUCAAGUGGAUAUCGCAAAGUGUAGUGGCUACAGCAAGGAUAUCAGAAGAUGACGAAUCUUACGAUUGGAUUUACAACUACCUUUCUACGUUCAAAGCCGAUAAUCUCCAGGAUGAGGAAGAUGAAGAGAAAUAUUCUUUUCUUCGUACGGUCGUUAGAUCACUUCCUUUUUCUAAUAGGUCUACAUUGAUAGACGUGACUAUCUCAACUAAGAAACCUCGGAAUUGGAGAUAUUACUUGAAGGGACAUUAUGUGGAAGAUUACCAUGAGGCUAGAAAUGGUCAUUAUGGAGAUAAUCAGGGAGAUAGAAAUCAUAAGAAGGUGAGGGUCGAUAUGGUUCCUAGUAUAGGUGCAUGGCAGAAGUUCAAUUUCAAGGGAAAGACUAUCAGAAUAGGGAUGGUGCAGGAUGACGAUGCAUUGAGAGGAGGCAAAAAAUGGAUCAUCAUGAAAGCAUAUUUCGCAACACCUCGAAUGUUCACUUCACUCCUGACUGAAUCGCAUGAUAGAUUCAAAACUCUGACUGCGAACAAGACGUCUAUCUUCACUCCUAAUCUUAGCCAUGGUGCGACUUGGCAACGAACGUCCUCGAGACCCAACCGACCAUGGGAGAGUAUCUUUCUUGAUAGUAAUAUCAAAGAUUGGAUAUUGAACGAUUGUCAAGAGUUUCUCAAAGAGUCGGAAUUCUACUUGAGAAGGGGUAUUCCGUAUAGAAGGGGUUAUUUGUGCUUUGGGGUGGCUGGAAGUGGAAAAAGUAGUAUGAUCGGUGCUCUCGCUGCCGAACUCAAUUUGGACAUAUACCUCGUUAAUCUGGGCGGUAAGAGUCUCGACGAUGACAAGCUCCAAGAAUUGUUACAAGCUUGUCCUGGCAAAUGCCUCUUACUGAUGGAAGACAUCGAUUGCGCGUUCACCACCAAAAAACCUCAAGACGAAGAAGAGGUUUACCGACCGCAACAUGCCAACUCCUCGGCUUUGGACAACGCGAUCAAGAAUGGGCAGUUGCCCAAAUCUGCCAGACAGUCAAAAGAAGGUAUCACCCUCUCAGGCCUUCUGAACGCCCUGGACGGUGUAGCUUCAGGUGAAGGUAGAUUAUUGUUCUGCACGACUAAUUGGAAAGAUAGAAUUGAUCCGGCUUUGUCCAGACCAGGCCGAUGUGACAUUUGGAUAGAGUUCAAACACGCUACCAAAUCCCAAGCUAAAUCGUUAUUCGAAUACUUUUAUCGAUCCGACCCCGAAUCAAAAGACACUGAUAACGAAGAUGAGAAACCGACGAUGAAUAUCGCAUCCCUCGCCGAAGAAUUUUCGUCCCAUAUACCAGGUGAUGUAAUCUCCGUAUCGGCGUUACAAGGGUAUUUGAUGAGGUAUAAGAGACAACCUGAAUUGGCUGUUCAGAGCGUACGAUCAUGGGUUGAAAAUGGUUGUGGACAAGGUCCGACUCCGUUGUUACAUGAUGGGAAAGUUGAUCUCAGGGUUAUUGGUAAUACCGUGGAAACUGAUACAGAGAAAGUCGAGGUGAAAGUAAACAGAGUCAAAGUGAACGGUCAUAUGGAGGAGGAGAAAGGUGGAGAGUUGGUCCAUGGACCUUGA